UGGAGACUGAUUUACGGUGUGCUUCGUCACAAAAUACACAGUUUCUGGCAUUCUGUUGACCAUGGAAGACACAAACAGUUGCGCCUCAGGCAUCAACAUGCUCACUGUCAUCCUACUGGGAAAAAGUGGCAGCAACAAGGCACUGAUAGGGAAUACCAUUCUAGACCAUGAAUGUUUCAGCCCAGAAGAGUCCACAUGUAAGACAGCAGUGCUGCAAAUGGACAGUGGGAUGUGCUGUGUCAUAAACACUCCGGACCUUUACCAUGGACAGAACCCUGGCUGUGAGAAUCAAGCCUUUGAGAAGAUAAAACCGUCUUUCCCAGAUACAUAUGCAUUCCUCCUGAUCAUGCACGAUGACCACGUCUCAUCAGAAGAGAUGGCAAUGUUGGAACAGCUGAAGCAAACCUAUGGACAAGAAGUAGUGGACGACAUAAUCGUGGUGCUUGUCAAAUGUGAAACAAUGCCAUUAAAAGAGUCAACAUCUACAGCUACAAACCACAUUCAAAUGAUUAUUGAUCAAUGUGGUGGAAGAGUUUGUUAUUUUAAACAUGGCAUGAAGAGCAAAGAACUGAAGGAUCAGUUGCUGACACAGUACGGCAGAAUCCAGCAGAAGUGUACACCUGAGAGGUCAGACGAGACCCUUGAGGAACCUGAUAAAUCUGGUCACCUAACGCCUGAAAUGGAAAAGGCACCAUCAGCUGCUUCGUCUGCCUUGUUCGAGACACCAGCUGCAGCCAUGCCUGAGGAGGAAAAGGUAGAAUUUAGGAUUUACGAAACCAUUCUGACGUCUUCUAAACCAUGUGACAUAAAGCAGGAGCAGGAACAGGCACAACCUAUUCCACCUGAAGCGGAAAUAGUUGCAGCUGCACCUGAAGAGGAUAAGGAGCGAUCUAGGAUAUACGAAACCAUUGAGAGAACUCCUGAGCUCUUUGGUGAAAACCUGGAGAAAACCCAACCUAAACCAGCUGAGAAGAAGUCAGCUGAAGCCAUAUUUGAUGGUGAGAGAAACGUGAUGACCAUUGUGCUGUUGGGACAGACCGGCAGUGGGAAAAGUGCGACUGGUAACACCAUACUGGCUAAAAGACAUUUCGAGUCCCAUGCUAGCUCUACAGCCACAACACAGGAAUGUAAGGUAGCAGAGGAACUGGUCUAUGGGAUAAGGAUCAGGGUCAUCGAUACGCCAGAUUUCUUCAACGAUGACCUAAAGAAUCCAGAGAACCACGUUAAGACUUGUAAAGAACUCUCUCAGCAGGAGCCUGUGGUGUACUUACUGGUUAUGCACAUGGGCCGUUUCACAGUGGGAGAAAGAGAGAGCGUCUCAAAUGUACAGAAAAUGUUUGGGGAGGAAGUGGUCAGAAAGACGGUCGUCCUGUUCACAGGCAAAGAGAAGCUCAAGGGGGGGAGUUUAGAAGAAUACAUUAAAGAUACUGACCCGCAGCUUCAGUUGCUGAUAAAAGCUUUUGGCUCACGAUGCCAUGCUUUUGACAACAACGAUAAAAGCCGUCAUCAAGUCAAACAGCUGAUCAAGAUCAUCGUGGAAAUGCAAUAUGGAGGAAGAGACCACAUUAAAGACCAUUACCCCAGAUACAAGAAGUCAGAUCACAAAGACUGCCGAGUUCUAUAGGCUGCUAUUGGCAUCUAAUGCCAACGUUCUUAUAUUAAUGCUAACUUUACAGUGUAAUAGGGCCAUCAUUGGCGUGAGAAUGCCAGCCGUUUUAAAUUAGAGCAGUAUCCCUGCUGAAAAUGCCCAUGCUAGACAUGCCAGCCAUGAUACUACUGCAAGCAAAGGCUAGAAUGAUUAUUUUAGACUGUAUAAUAUAUUUUUUGGUUUACAGAUUGUCACAGGAAAGCAAUAUCUAGUCAUUUUUCUAAUGCUAACAUUAUUGUUGAAGUUCUAGCAGUAGGAUAAGAAUUCUCGCUCAGUCAAAUCAACA